AUGAAGAUGUCAAAACUCUCCAAUCAGACCAACUCGCAGGACCCGCAGGCGGUGAACUCGAGAGUUUUCGUCGGCAAUUUGAACACAUUUCAGUGCUCAAAAACGGACGUCGAGCGGAUGUUUCAGCGUUACGGCCGACUGGCGGGAAUUUCCAUGCAUAAAGGAUACGCUUUCGUGCAGUUCACAAACCCGUUCGACGCACGGAACGCAUGCCACGGUGAGGAUGGCCGGACGGUGCUCAGCCAAACAUUGGAUGUAAAUAUGGUUGCGGAACCGAAACCACACCAAACGGGUCGAAAGCGGCAAAAUAAAUCUAAAACCGGAAACGAUUGGGAUUACUACUAUGACAGCUACUACGCCUCGACGCUGUUUGGACCGCUGCAACAGCAACCGAACGCUCAGCCUCGGCCGCUAAAGCGACAACGGUUGAUGGCCCCCAGCCGCAUGGGAAUGACGCCCAAAAUGAACGGAGCAGGUCCCAUUCUGACCCACAGCCAUGCCCAACAACAGCAGCAGCAACAGCAACAGCAGCAACAACAACAGCAGCAGCAGCAGCAACAACAGCAACAGAUGCACCUGGUGGCCCACUCGCAACAGCUGCAGCAGCAAAUGCAAGCCGUUGCUGUAGCCAGCCCCGUACAGAGCGCUUCCUGUAACCUGGCCAACUACUACUCGGCCGCAGGCAAUGGGAUUGGGUCGAGCAAUGGCGUACAGAUGACGGUGCCGAACGGGUGUAUCGGUUCGAACGGUUACAUCAACAAUAACAACUGUUUGAUGAACGGGACGGAACUGGGUGGUGUUGUUGGAGGAGUCACAGGAUGCAACAUGCAAAGCUACACCAACGGACACGUCGCUGGAUCAUUCAAAACGUACAGUAAUCCCGACACACUCAUCUGUGGCAACUGCCGGGAGCUAUUCACCGACCUGACCGAGCUGCUGGAUCACAAGCGCAGCUACUGCAAGCUCCGGUUCACCUGCAAGUGUCUCAGCGCCUCUCCGGUGCAGAAAGUUUAUCCUACCCCGCAGGCGAAGUUGCUGUGUGUGGCGUGCAAGGACUCGUUCACCAACCCGUGGGAUCUGAUGGUGCAUGCCCAGGCCGCCCACAUGGUGAACAUCUACGAGCUUGGCGAUAGUUCGACGGAGGAUGUUGGUAAGAUGGCUGGACUGGUCGGUGAUCGCACCGCUAACAGUACGCCCACGAUGCCUUGCUCGCCACCGGCCCUGGAACUCGCUAAGUUGAACGGAACGCCACCAGUCCCGAGUGUCAUCACUAACGGAGUGCACGAGCUGGAUGAGGACAAACAGGAUCAGGCUGAGGAGACACAAUCGCAGGCAAACCCCAGCUCGCCGGAAACAAGCAUGCAGGCGGCAUCCUCCAGCGAGGACAUCUGCUCGAUGAACGAUUCCCCGCUCGCGGUUGUCAACGGGAAACCGGAACCGGCGGCCCUGUUUGCCAGUGAAUCGGGUCUUAAAACCCCGGCCAGGGCGUGCAUCAUGACGGCACUCAGUAUAGACACCAAGUCUAACGCGGACGCGGCUGUAGCACUGAAGAUGGUCUCGUCGACGAUGGGCAUCACGAUCAGUAACGGUGCGACUGUUGCGGCUAUGACGCAGUAA